AUGCCCUUCCACAGAGACAUUGAUAAUGGUCUCACGACGGGCUCGAGCAUCGAAAUUCUCGCAAAAGUCUAUCAGGAUCAAAAAAAUCCCACAAUUGCGCUGAAAUCGCUGAAUAAUGAUGGCGCGUUGGUGAUAACGAUUGUGAUGGUCCCAACGCCAAAAAUCAGAAUCGAAUGCGUUCUCAGCGGCAAAUCGUCGACGCCGAUCGAGAAGGCGGCGAUUCGCGUCGGCUAUCAAAGCGACUUCAAGCUCACCAUUGUGACCCUUCAAUACGCGUUUCGGAUCGAUUUGAACGGCGAGCACUUCGCCGACUUCGUCCACCGCAUCCAUCCGUCGCAAAUUCGCAAGAUCUCCAUCGAGGGGCCGAUGAUCUGCCAAGAGGUCGUCAUAAAUCCGGCGAAAAAUCUGCCGUCGUACGAGCAAGCCACGUCGCCUCCAACAAAUCUGAUGGCCAAUGUGAAGUUGGAGGAGGAGAAGCGCGAAGCGCCGUCGCCCGACGACGACGAUCCGCUUCCGCCACCGCCGCCGCCGCCGGGACCAUCGUUCAACUUCACCGGCGGCCUACAGGGCUUCUCCAAUCAUCCGGUACCGUUGCCGGGGCUCAUCGGCAACGAGACGAACGCCUCGCAACAGAAUCCGGUCGGCCGUUUGGAUGGUCCGGCACCGCCGGCGCCGCCGGCGCAAUUCAGUCCGUACUCGCCAGCCGGCGCUCAAUACGUGCCAACACCGACGAAAGACAGCGUGCCGUGCCAACAGGGUGUGACUGUGCCGGUCGCCAGGCCCGUCGUUCAGCCAACCGUACCCGUCGGCCAGCAACCUGGCUAUCGGCCGUAUGCCAAUCAGCAAGCUCCGCCCACUGGCGCUCAGUACCCCCCGCAAACGCCCGGCCUACCGUACACCGUGACAUUCCCGCCGUCGACGCCUGUUGGUAAUCCCACCACCAUGAUGGUGAACCCUUAUGCGCCACCACCACCACCGCCACCGCCACCAACUGUUGGCGUUGCGCCAUUGGUGCAAUAUCCGGUGUACCAGAUUGGCGCAGGAUGCUAUCCGAUGGUGUACUAUGAAGUCGAUUAUUGCUAUCCGCAUCAUCAUAGGCAUCAUCAUCAUCAUCAUCAUCAUUAG